AUGGCAUCUACAGUCCUCCCUGGAGCUCGCGCUGGCCGCCGAGUAAUCCAGAGCCUGCAGAAGACAUCAAAACAAGCAGUCCGCAAUGCAGCGACAACCUCUCAGAAACGUGAAGGCGACAUCUCAGAUGCGUUCGCGAGUCUGUCAGGCCUGACAUUCAAGCCCCUCGAGCCUCGUUUCGCCGACCUCAAAUCACAAUUGAUAGCCGGCAAUGAGGAAGCACUAUACGAUUCUUGGAACAGACUGCUCGCUUCGCUGCGAGAAGAGAUCCCGCUCAUUGCUGAGAAGGGACCGAGAAUUGUGCCCGAGAUUGAUUUCAAGGAUAUCGACAAUGCGAGCGAGGAGUUUAAGGCUGAACAUAGGAAACGCGGUGUUGCGGUCAUCAGGAACGUGAUGCCUGAGCAGGAAGCGCUGGCGUUGAAGAAGGAGCUCAGAGUGUAUCUUGAGGCUAAUCCGUCGACGAAGGCGUUCCCGGCGGAGAAUCCCCAGGUCUACGAACUCUACUGGUCGCCCUCCCAAAUCAAGGCCCGCUCCCACCCAAACCUCAUCAAAGCCCAGCGAUUCCUGAUGGAGUUCUGGCACUCGAAAGACCCCAAUGCCCUGAUCUCCAGCAGCCAUCCCAUGAUCUACGCCGAUCGACUCAGGAUGCGGAUGCCAGGCGAUGCGAAGUUCGCUCUUGGUCCUCAUGUUGACGGUGGCUCGUGCGAGCGAUGGGAGCCGGAUGGUUACGGCAAAGGCAACGUGUACGACGCCAUCUGGCAGGGCAAGUGGGAGGAGUACGAUCCGUGGGAGUCGAGCUGUCGGCUUCCGGUCGUCUCUGAUAAGUAUCAGGGUGUGGGUGCUUGUAGUAUGUUCAGGAUGUUUCAGGGAUGGUUGAGUCUGAGCAAUACCGGACCCUUCGAGGGCACACUCCUCGUCAACCCCCUCCUCAGCCGAGCAACCGCCUACUUCUUACUCCGCCCAUUCUUCUCGCCCAAAAAGCCAGCCCAAGACCCCACCGCAGAGACCUACGAGGAAGCCUUCCUCGCCCCCAACAACUGGGAGCUCAACCGGACGCCCGACUCCUGGCUCCACGGCGCCACUCCCGGCCACGGACAAGAACUUCGUGCCCAGCUUCAUCCACAUCUCAACCUGCCCAGCUCGAUGGUCCACAUGCCUCGCGUGAACCCAGGCGACUACGUCAGCUGGCACUGCGACACCAUCCACGCCGUCGACUCCGUUCACGCCGGCAAGAGCGACUCGAGCGUCAUGUACAUCCCCGCUUGCCCUUUAACCGUCUCCAACGCCGAGUUCAGCGCCCGUCAGCGAGAGACCUUCCUCAACGGCACGCCUUGUCCGGAUUUCGGGGGCGGAGUCGGAGAAUCUCAACAUAUCGGCCGUCCGGGCGUCGAGGAUGUGAGGAAGGUCAAUCCGGUGGAGGGGAUGAUGGCGUUUGGGCUUUUGGAGUGGGAUAGCGCUGAGCCGAACCUUACGGAGGGACAGAAGGAGGUUAUGGAUCGGGCGAAUAAGGUUUUGGGGUUUUAUGCUUGA